CCACCUCCCUGCGGAACGACCGCACUGCUCAGGCUAAGCCCGGCGGCACUCGAGCAGCUGGGGGUGGUUCACAUGCAGGCCCCUCCUGGCGUCCUGUGGGGUCUCCACACUGGGACGGAGGGUCCACCUGUACUCUGCUCCCCCGGCACGUGCGCAUGUCCCUGUGUCACCUGUGCUGUCCUCACAGCCCUGACCCUCUGGGCUUUCUCUUCCACUGUCCACUCUCUGGCCUCCCAGAACCAGGGCCUGGGGGGUGGCGUUGGCCCCAGGGAGUCAGGCUGCGUCUGCUCUGGGCACAUGCCCAGGAGCUGCCUCUGGGAAGUCUGCAGGUUGCUUUGGAGGCGUUUGACCUCGGUGACCCUACCCUGCCUUGCCCCGGCUGACACCCCUGGAAGCUGUUUCCCUGAACUCAGGGUUCUGGGGACCAGGACUGUUCUGCCCACUGUCUGGUCCCUGGGGGUGUGGGGCUGGGCGAGGAGGAGACAGACAGGAGGUGCAGACGGGCCGGGUUAGCCUGAGCGCCAAGUCAGGAGAUGCUUCAGGUGGCAGGGGGUGGUGGGUGGAGCCUGUGGUGGGCAGGGCUUGGUGGCACAGAGGACGCUUCCUUUCAGGUGACGGUUUAGUGGAGACUUGGCAGGAGAAAGGAGAGAGUUGUGAUACCUGCCACAGGUUUCUGGGACAGGUAGAGAAGUGGGUUCUGGGGCUGAUGAGUGGGUCGAGAGGCCUGCGAGGCCGUGGUGUAGCCCAGCGAGCACUUGGCCUCAGGGGACGCCGGGCACCCAAGCUGAGGACGAGUAGAGCAGGUGUCUGGGGUGUAGACCCUGAGCCCUGGGAGCACCUGGGCCUCAGACACAGAGGGCACCAGGGCUCCCGGAACCUCCACAUGCAGCCCCAGGUGGGGGCAGGUGGGGGCAGGUGGGCCUGGGUUGGGGACCAAGCAGGAGGGCUGGUGGCUCCCCCAGGGCUCUGCCUGAAUUGCUGUUGGGCCAGGAGCCUAGUUCCCGAGGGACGAGGGCUUGGUGUUGGCCAGCCAGUCCUCAGAGGGGCUUUCCUUCCAGAGGCGAUGCGGGCAGGGGCCCUGGAGGCCAGGAGGGGCCGUGUUCGGGGCAGCCCUGCAUGGGGCAGUGUGCCGUCUGUGUGGCCCCCACUGGGCUGCUGGCCGCCGCAUGCUUCCUGCUAGUGCCAGGCCACACCUCGCACCCACCUCUCCCUGGUCGAGGGCAUCUGUAUCUGUGUGCUGGGCGCCUUGCCCCAUUCCUCCUGGCUGCCCUGGAGGUGAGCGGUCUUCCUCGCUGCUCAGGUCUGUGUGCCUGAUGUUAAGGCCACGUGUUGGGGCACUGUUUCUGAACUCCCACUGGACAGUGGAGUGGCUGGAGCGGGCCCCAAGGCUGCACCGAGGGGAUAGGCCUGUGGCUGUGGCCCCUGGCUCCCACCAGCUGAGUUCCUGGCCCCAGGACUACUGGACAUGGGCGGGUGGCCUCACAGCCCAUGCUGCCCUGGCCUGUGCUGUCUGCGCUGGGCCUUGCCCUUGCCCUGCUGCGGUAGGUGCCAGCCGUGGAGGCCAUGGCCUUGGAGCCCGAGAGCCAGGCCGCGGCUCUGCUGCUCGCCGCCUCAGUGUCCACUUUGUUUCUGCGAACGGGGUUUCGUGCUGCCUCCCCCUUAGGAGAUGCGGAGAGGGCGGAAGGGCUCAGCAGCGCUUGGCCCAGAGUGGCUGAGUGAGGAGUCUGCAGAGGAGGGCUUAGCGCCAGCGUUUACUGUCUCAGCUGCAAGUCCAAAAUCGAGGUGUUGUAGGGCUGUGCUCCCUCCGAGGGCUCCAGGGGAGGGUCCUUCCUGCCUCCCGUAGCUUCUCGUGGCUCCCAGGCAUCCUGGGCUGGUAGGCGCGCCCUUCCAACCUCUGCCUCUGUCACGUGGCUUCCGUCCAAACGUCUCCAUCCAAACGUCCCUCCUACAAGGUCGCCAGGCAUGUUGGAUUGGGAGCUGACUCUACUCCGGUGUGAUCUCUUCUUAACUAUGUCUAAUGACCUGACUUCUGAAUACAGCCCGCCUCGGAGGUGUUGGGCGUGAGGGGUAACGUCUCUUGGGAGAUCACGAUUCAGCUUGUAAGAGUCCGCCUUCCGGACCCCCGGACUCAUGUCCUUCCCACGCAAAACACAUUCAGUCAAUUCCAACGUUUCCAAACGUCUUAACCCUUCCGGCAUCAACGCUGAGUUCAAAAUCUCUGCUAAAUAUCAACUCAGAAGUCCCAAAUCUCCAAUGAAAAAAAGUCCCAAACCUCAGCAUCUAAAGAGCAUCGAGUCAGAACCCAGCUCAUCGGGGUCUUGGCCAUCUUAUCACAAGGAUUGCCUUUUGUCCACGUUCCUGAGUGAGGAGUGCCACAAAGGAGGGCUUAGAACCAGCGUUUCCACAGACCUCACCAGAAUGGCCUUUACCGUCUGCGUUUCUAGCACCUGUCUCUUCGAGGCCUUCCAGGCUUUUCUGAGCGUGCAGCUCAAAGCUCCCAACCUCUGUUCAUCACCCAGCUCUGUGGCCACUCCCACAUUUCAGGUGUCACAGCAGCAUCCCUUCCUGGAACCAGAGUCUGCUUCCUAUGACUGCCGUAACCGAGCACCGCAGACCAGGGUCUUGUCUCAGUUCUGGAGGCCGGAGCCUGAGCUCGCCGUCAGCAGGGCCCUGACCCCUCUGCGAGCUGGAGGAGGGCCUUCCCGCCUCCGGCGUCCAGUGCCGGUCCACCCCGGCGCUGCUUGUGGCCGCGUCCCCGCAGUCCCUGCCCCCGUCUCCAUGGGGCUUCUUCCUGUGUCCACCCUCACUGUGUGUGUGUCUCUUCUGAGGACCCUGGUUGCGUCGCAUCACAUCAGGGCCCGCUCUCCUCCAGGCCGACCUCUUAGCCGGGUCUGCCAGGGCAGGUCACGCUCGGAGUUUCUGGGAGUGAAGACAUGGUCAUUUUUUCCUCGCUGUUAGGGCCUCACUGUCUGGUUGUGGUGGCUGUGGGUGGGAACCGGUGCCCCACUGUACUCACCCUGCUGCCGCCCACCCACCGCUGCACUGGGGGAGCAGGUCAGGGGGCUCUGCCCUCACCCAGUGCCAGGUAGCGGAGCCACGUUCACCUGGCCUGCUGGGCAGCCUGUGCUGACCCUAGCCC